AGACGGAAGUGAAACGCUAAGAAAUGAGAUGGAGAAGUACGAGCGGAUCCGAGUGGUGGGGAGAGGUGCCUUCGGGAUUGUGCACCUGUGCCUGCGAAAGGCUGACCAGAAGCUGGUGAUCAUCAAGCAGAUUCCAGUGGAACAGAUGACCAAGGAAGAGCGGCAGGCAGCCCAGAAUGAGUGCCAGGUCCUCAAGCUGCUCAACCACCCCAAUGUCAUUGAGUACUAUGAGAACUUCCUGGAAGACAAAGCCCUCAUGAUCGCCAUGGAAUAUGCACCAGGCGGCACUCUGGCUGAGUUCAUCCAAAAGCGCUGCAAUUCCCUGCUGGAGGAGGAGACCAUCCUGCACUUCUUCGUGCAGAUCCUGCUUGCACUGCAUCAUGUGCACACCCACUUCAUCCUGCACCGAGACCUCAAGACCCAGAACAUCCUUCUUGACAAACACCGCAUGGUCGUGAAGAUCGGUGAUUUCGGCAUCUCCAAGAUCCUUAGCAGCAAGAGCAAGGCCUACACGGUGGUGGGUACCCCAUGCUAUAUCUCCCCUGAGCUGUGUGAGGGCAAGCCCUACAACCAGAAGAGUGACAUCUGGGCCCUGGGCUGUGUCCUCUAUGAGCUGGCCAGCCUCAAGAGGGCUUUUGAGGCUGCGAACCUACCAGCACUGGUGCUGAAGAUCAUGAGUGGCACCUUUGCGCCCAUCUCUGACCGGUACAGCCCUGAGCUGCGCCAGCUGGUCCUGAGUCUACUCAGCCUGGAGCCUGCCCAGCGGCCACCACUCAGCCACAUCAUGGCACAGCCCCUCUGCAUCCGUGCCCUCCUCAACCUCCACACCGACGUGGGCAGUGUCCGCAUGCGGAGGGCAGAGAAGUCCGUGGCCCCCAGCAGCACAGGGAGUAGGACCACCAGUGUCCGCUGCAGAGGUAUCUCCCGGGGACCUGUGAGGCCGGCCAUCCCACCACCCCUGUCAUCAGUAUAUGCCUGGGGUGGUGGGCUGGGCACUCCCCUGCGACUGCCAAUGCUCAACACGGAGGUGAUCCAGGUAGCAGCUGGGCGCACACAGAAAGCCGGCGUCACGCGCUCUGGGCGUCUCAUCCUGUGGGAGGCCCCACCCCUAGGUGCAGGCGGAGGCACCCUCCUCCCUGGGGCAGUGGAGCAGCCACAGCCCCAGUUCAUCUCGCGUUUCCUGGAGGGCCAGUCGGGCGUGACCAUCAAGCACGUGGCCUGUGGGGACUUCUUCACUGCCUGCCUGACUGACCGAGGCAUCAUCAUGACGUUUGGCAGCGGCAGCAAUGGGUGCCUAGGCCAUGGCAGCCUCACUGACAUCAGCCAGCCCACCAUUGUGGAGGCUUUGCUGGGCUAUGAGAUGGUGCAGGUGGCCUGUGGGGCUUCUCACGUGCUGGCCCUGUCCACUGAGCGAGAACUAUUUGCUUGGGGCCGUGGAGACGGUGGCAGACUGGGACUAGGCACCAGGGAGUCCCACAGCUGCCCCCAGCAGGUGCCCAUGCCCCCAGGACAGGAAGCUCAGCGAGUUGUAUGUGGCAUUGACUCUUCCAUGAUCCUCACUGUGCCUGGCCAAGCCCUGGCCUGUGGGAGCAACAGGUUCAACAAGUUGGGCCUGGACCACCUCUCCCUGGGGGAGGAGCCUGUCCCUCACCAGCAGAUGGAGGAGGCCCUGAGCUUCACACUACUAGGCUCUGCACCCCUGGACCAGGAGCCCCUGCUGAGUGUAGACCUGGGCACUGCUCACUCAGCUGCUGUGACUGCCUCAGGUGAUUGCUACACUUUUGGCAGCAAUCAGCACGGGCAGUUGGGCACCAAUGCUCGCCGAGGCAAUCGGGCACCCUGUAAGGUCCAAGGCCUUGAGGGCAUCAAGAUGGCAAUGGUAGCCUGUGGGGAUGCCUUCACCGUAGCUAUUGGGGCAGAGGGUGAAGUGUACUCCUGGGGCAAAGGGGCCCGAGGUCGACUGGGAAGGAGGGAUGAGGAUGCCGGACUCCCUCGGCCAGUGCAGUUGGAUGAGACACACCCUUACACAGUGACUUCCGUGUCCUGUUGCCAUGGAAACACCCUCCUGGCUGUUCGCCCAGUCACAGAUGAGCCGGUCCCCCCCUGAGGCACCUGGAUACACCUCUGGACCACCCUGAUACUGCUUCUCCUCUGAAUGUUCUGAAAAGUGCAGGUGCCCAAGGCAUGACUGUUGCAGCCGUCUCCUAGAUUGGGUCAUCAUGGGGUAUCCGGGCUGGCAAAACCCCUGCUCUGCUUUUGGCCUUGGAUAUGGAAACCUCAACCACUUUGUUCUCCCACCACCUCUUUGCCUUUCCUACCCCUUCCUCCCUUCAGUCAGUGUCCCCAGGAUCCAGCCUGGCUACAGUUAGAAGGCAGACCUAGCCUUUGGAAGCAGAGCCUUGCCAUAAAAAGGCUGAAGGCAGCUGGGUGCGGUGGCUCACCUGUAAUUCCAGCACUUUGGGAGGCCAAGGCGGGCGGAUCACUUGAGGUCAGUAGUUUGAGACCAGCCUGGCCAACAUGGUGAACCCUGUCUCUACUAAAAAUACAAAAA